CCCCGUCACUUCUCACCGGGACGGUAGAACGGAGCGGAUGGUGGCCGUGGACGGGGACGAGCCGCGAGCAGAGCGCACCGACGCACCGAAGCAUGCCCCAGCGCAGCCAUGACUUGCUCGGCGUCAGAUAGCGAGAAGAUCGUGAUCAAUUGCGGCGGGGUCCGACACGAGACGUACCGGAGCACCCUGAAGACGCUGCCGGGCACGCGCUUGUCUUGGCUGACGGAGCCCGACGCGUUCAGCAACUUCGACUACGACCCGAAGUCCGACGAGUUCUUCUUCGACCGCCACCCGGGCACGUUCGCCUUCAUCCUCAACUACUACCGCACCGGGAAGCUCCACUGCCCCAGCGAUGUGUGCGGGCCGCUCUUCGAGGAGGAGCUCGCCUUCUGGGGCAUCGACGAGACGGACGUGGAGGCGUGCUGCUGGAUGAACUACCGGCAGCACCGCGACGCGGAGGAGGCGCUGGACAGCUUCGAGACCCCGGAGCCGGACGAGCCGGAGAACGACCCGGCGCUCACCGGCGGCGCAGACGGCGACCUGAAGCGGCUGUGCAUGCAGGAGGACGGCCGCAGGGCGACGUGGUGGGAGGUGUGGCAGCCCAGGAUGUGGGCUCUGUUCGAGGACCCCUACUCGUCCAAAUACGCGCGGUACGUGGCGUUCGGCUCGCUCUUCUUCAUCCUGCUCUCCAUCUCCACCUUCUGCCUGGAGACCCACGAAGCCUUUAACACCAUCUACAACAAAACGGAGAACAUCACCGUGGACAACGUCACGCGCGAGGAGAUCCAGUACGAGGUGGUCACCGACGGCUGGCUCACCUACGUGGAGGGCGUCUGCGUCAUCUGGUUCACCAUAGAGGUGAUGGCGCGCGUCAUCUUCUGCCCGGACAAGGCCGAGUUCUUCCGCAGCUCCCUCAACAUCAUAGACUUCGUGGCCAUCGUGCCCUUUUACCUGGAGGUGGCGCUGAGCGGCCUCUCCUCCAAAACAGCCAAAGACGUGCUGAGCUUCCUGCGCGUCGUGCGCUUCGUUCGGAUCCUGCGUAUUUUCAAGCUGACCCGCCACUUCGUGGGCUUGCGGGUCCUGGGCCACACGCUGCGGGCCAGCACCAACGAGUUCCUGCUGCUCAUCAUCUUCCUGGCGCUGGGCGUCCUCAUCUUCGCUACCAUGAUCUACUAUGCUGAACGCAUCGGUGCCGACCCGGACGACCCGACCGCCGCCCGCCACACCGUCUUCAAGAACAUCCCCAUCGGCUUCUGGUGGGCCGUGGUGACCAUGACCACGCUGGGCUACGGGGACAUGUACCCAGAGACGUGGUCGGGGAUGCUGGUGGGAGCGCUCUGCGCCUUGGCUGGGGUGCUCACCAUCGCCAUGCCGGUGCCUGUCAUCGUCAACAACUUUGGCAUGUACUACUCCCUGGCCAUGGCCAAGCAGAAGCUCCCGAAGAAGAGGAACAAGCACAUCCCCCGAGCGCCGCAGCCCGGAAGCCCCAACUACUGCAAGCCGGACGCCCUGGCCAUGGCCACCGCCUCGCCGCACAGGCUGAUGGGCAACGUCAUCGGGCCGGGAAUGGUGGGGUCCGGCAGCAUGAUGGGUGCCGGGGACUGUCCCUUGGCCCAGGAGGAAAUCAUCGAGAUCAACAGGGCAGACUCCAAGCAGAACGGUGACGCCGCUGCCAGUGCGGCUGCUCUGGCCAACGAGGACUGCCCCACCAUCGACCAGGUGCUCGGGGACGAGCGCAGCCCGGCCACCGGGGGCCUCGGCUCCACCGCCAGCCGCGAGCGCUACCCCCACGACCGAGCCUGCUUCCUGCUGAGCGCCGGGGAGUUCCAGCGCACAACAGACGGCAACGUCCGGAAAGCCACGGGUUAUGAGAAGUCGCGCAGCCUCAAUAACAUCUCUGGGAUGACGGGUGCCCCGCUGCGCUUCACCCCCAUCACCAACUCCACCUUCGAGCCCUUCGAGCCGCCUGGCCUCAGGCGGUGCCACUCGCCCAUCCCUUCCAUCCUGUAGCAUAGACACAUAGUUACCGAUGAUGAAGGAGACAAAAGCCUAGCGUUAGCGUAGAACAAGCAUCUCAUAUUCUGUCCUCCAUCACCAUGAGUCGUCUGGCAACUACAGCACAUGGCUCCAUCCUGCACCAUACAACAGGCCGAGCUUUAGCGAAGAAGCAGAAAUAGAUGCUUACUGAAGAUUAGCCGAUAGGUCAAUUAGCGCUCGCUCAUCUUUGCUCGUUCUCAGCCGCACUUGCACUUCAAAGCUUUAAGACUGAUACUUCAAAAUAAGAGACUUCUUUCUACCUUAGGCUCAGUGCCCACAUUCAGACAUAUGUAGAACAUAACCUAUUACUGCAGUGUGCAUGUUGUACCCUGUGAACCUGCAGACUGACAGCAACUGUAGCUUUGAGUAGAAGGAGCUAAACCUUUUAGACGAACCCGCGGAGGUGGCUGCAUGGGCAGCGGUAGGAAGCAGGGAUGCUCGGGUAGGAGGCGGGUAGCUGUAGGACCCUGAGGUCAAGGCCUGGCAGUAAGGACGGGAAACACUGGUCCGAUGAGCUCAACCAUCUGAAAAGAGGUAAAUCAGUCAAAGGGUUUCAGCUCAACAGGCACCAAAGACAGCAACAUGAGACUCAACGGGUUUAGAUCAGCUCCUUACUGGACUAGUUGAAUGUUAAAGGCAAGUUUUAUUGUUCAGUGAUUUAUGGUCAGUGUCUACGUUCAUUUGCUCAUUACUGUGCAUUUAGGUGGUCAGAGAACUUUAGAACCGACCGACUGGAUCAGAUCAGAUUAGCCCACGAUGAACUGGUUCCAGUAGCUCAAGGGGUCAAAAAACCAAACCAGUGGUGGCGCAAAUAUCACAAAAGAAGCAACGAUCAGACAGUAGCUGUAAUAAUAAUAAUAAUAAUAAUAACAUUGAUGCCUCCAUGUGUCCACAUGCUGCCUUCAUCAUCUCUCAUCUGCUUCGUCCUGGGAUCAGGUCUCGUAUGUUUAAGGUGCUUCAUUCAAUGAUUAGCCGAGGUCCAGUGGACGCGGACCCACUUGGUGUUUUACUGUGAGAUCAGACUUGAUCAGACUUGCAUCAGUCACCUGAUGAUGUUAUUCCAUAAUCCUGACGCAAUAAUGAACUUUCUCUUUGUCUGAACAAGCUUCAUUGAGCCUAAAUGAGAAGCAUGGUUCAUCUCGCCACCAUCACCACCACCAAGGUUUCUAUUUGCACUGACUCCAAUGAGACCCAGCAGCUACUGGCAAUAUUUUUAGUUUUCUCCCUUGGCUUCUCCUCUUUCCCUGUUUUGCUCAUCCCCAAACCCCUCUUCUCCUGCCCCGACCCUCCUGCUCUCCUGUCCGUCCAUCUCUCUUUGUUUUCGGUUGUGACUGCUCAGUAGGAGGCACCGUGAACGGAUACUGGAGCGACAGCCCCUGGUAGAAGAAGAGCGGAAGAGAAACGGCACAAGGGCAGAAGAAACGGCGAGCAGGAAGAGAGAGAGAGACGUUACAAACCCAGAAAUAUGCAAUGUGAAUGAAAGAGACGGGGUCAGAGAGUGUGUGUGUGUGUGUGUGUGUGUGUGUGUGUGUGUGUGUGUGUGUGUGUGUGUGUGUGUGUGUGUGUGUGUGUGUGUGUGUGUGUGUGUGUGUGUGUGCUCUUCAUCUACCUCUGUAUUCAGAUGCACACAUGUCCUUUGACUUUCACUGAUAGAACUACUGUCUAGAACUUAUUUUACUGUUUGAUUUGACAUGUCUCAGAUUUUUUGUAUUUGAUUUGAUUGGGAUUUUUACUGUUGAUGACAUUUGGUUUGUUGUAAACAGCUGCUCUCGCCUGGUUUCUCUCCUACCAAAACCUUUUCAUUCUUUCUUUAGAACUAAGAAAGUAAAAGUAACAAAGGUUAAAGCCAAGAAUCAUUUUGAUAUUUUCAUCCUGAAACCUUAUAAAGGAUUUUCCAAACCCUCCAGCCCAGUCAGAUGGCUGACUGGUAUCACUGGUAUUACUGGUAUCACUGGUAUCAUGGCUUCAUGAAGCUCUACAGUACAGUGGGAUUCUCUACGGUUUCACUGUUGGGAGGAAUGAGAACCAGGUGAGCAGAUAAUGAAAAUGUUAAACUUGACAUUUUGGGAAAAAUAUCUGUGAAUUUUUUUGCCGAGAGAAAAAUGUCUUUGAUGUUAUUCGUGUAAUGAAUGAGGUGCAGACUCUAGAAUGAGCAGAUGAACUAAACACUGCUUAGUUCACCAUGAAGGGGUAUGUGAUGCUCCGACCCGCUGCUCCAGGAUCAGCCCUUUCCGUGGGAUUCCACUCUUCAGGACAAGCUCCAUCAUUUUCAUCUCUCGGCAAUAAAUCCUUUUCCCAAAAUAACAAGUUUUCACAUUAACGCCACAUUAUUGUCAUCUGAUUCCGGGUUGAGCCCGUGUAACAGUUUUGCCUCAGAAGAACCAAGUGGGAAGAAGGAUUUGGAAACUUGAAACCACUGGUAGAUUAGGAUUAGUCUCCCCCACUGGGAAAUCAUUUAAAUCCCUCCAAUCCCUGGACCCACACACACACACACACGCACACACGUUAACAUCAUUUCAUCGUGUGUCGUCAUCCAUCCGUCUCCUCGUCAUGACACUGUCCUGUACAUAUGUAGAUGAAUCUGCAUGGGCUCCCCUCACAAGCAAUAAGGUCCUGACACGAGUCCACGAGGAGGUCGAGCCUCAGUCAUGAAUGUGUAUAUAUUACUUAGAUACUAGAGUGGUGAGUGGAAGCAUACGAAUGCACUAACGCAGCAUGCGGGACUAAAACACCUCUGGAUGCAGGAGGAGGUGGAGGCUGACGUGAUGCAUGCCGACACGCAGAGCCGGCGGCCGGGGGGAGGGGGGUGGGGGGGUCUGGGGUUCUGACAGCUCUGGUUUAGCUGCUUCUGAUAAGAGACAUAUUAACAAUCGUAGCUUCUGAUUUCUUUUCCUCUUCUUUGCUUAUCUUUUCACAGAGAGCUGUUCUGAAAGCCCUGUGCUUAUCAGAUUUAUGCAAAAAGAAGCAGUAACUGUGAACUAAUGCUAAGAAAUGACAAAACACUCAAUCCAGCUUCUUCCACCAUCCUUGAUUCCUCCUCUGUAUAAAGAGGAGCGAUCCCCCUCAUGACACCCAUCACCACAGUCUGUCCCAUCCUUGUUUCACUUCCACACUCGUGUCCUGUGCUGUUCCGAUUCUUGUCUAAGCUGCUUCAGGAUGUUUUUCAGCUUUCUGUGUCUUCUCUGCCUCACGAGUGACACUUUAGUUCAGUGAGAUUACGAAUGAACCACGAGUUCCCAGUGAGAAAUGUGACAAAACGCUGGCUCCAUCCAUUCCCAACUCAGGUAUCUCAGCGGCUCCCUCUUCACAUGUGCUGUAUGACAAGCAGGAGGCCGCUGUCGUCUCUGUGUCUGUUGUGCUUUCAUGUCUUCUCUUUGUGUUACGUACGUGCUGUUUCUCUCCACGUGUCCGUUUUCUCUGUGAGACCUUUCACCCAUUGCUCCACCUUUAAGUCUCUGACUGAAAGCCACUAUGGAUUUGAUUGAAAACGGAGGCCUGACACUGGAUUUACCGCGGACGAAGACGGGAACGGACAUGACCGCUUACAUAGACAAAUAAAGACUGGGCUCCAUGUUGUGUGUUGUACGUGGGGAGGAGGUGACGUGUGUUCUGAGUGGACGCUCAGCCGAGCGGCGUCAGAGGGAGGAGAUGGAGGAAAAGUUGGGGCGAGACAGAAAAGUGUGGUGGUGAGGAAGGAAGGAAGGAAGGAAGGAAUGAAGGAAGGAAGGAAGGAAGGAAGAAGCUAAAGUCCCUCCAGUGUAAGGAUGUGUGAUCCCCGUUGCUCCUUUGCUUCCUGUGUUGUGGUUCUGUGUCAGUCGGGUCCUUUUUCAUUUCCUUCUCCGUGUGCACCACACCUGGGUCAGACAGCUCCCACCAACGUUUUAUCCCACAGCCGCAUUUGGAGUUUAACAUCCGGCCAAACGCAAAAGAGUCGCAAAAAAAAAAAGUGCGCGAAAGCGAGCGUGGGAUGAAAACCAGCUGAACGCAUUUGGCCGAGGUCUGGUCUGUGCAGAACACACCAACUGAGACGCUCCGCGCUCAGCUCUUGGUCUGGAUUCUGACUCAGUCCUGGUUGGCUGCAAUCCUCUGCGUUGAACUUUGACCUCUGACAUCGUCCGAAUUCUACCAAGUCUUUGACUUUGAUGUCUGAUGGUCGUCAGCAGCUUCUUAGUCACAUCAGAGGACUGAGCAGCCCUCAGAGGACGCGAGCGUGUGUGUGUGUGUGUGUGUGCGUCUAUUCCACGUUUUGUGUUGUUGUGUACUUGCAUGUUGGCUGAGCUGUGGUGAAGUCUUGCUUUUAUGUGUUUGUGCCUUGUUACAGCGAAGCCACUCAAAGUUUCAUUUGUAAAACAACCACAGUGUCGAGAACCAAUGUCAAAUGUGAACGACGGUACAAACGCCCAGUGAGCCGGCGUCACAUUGGCCCCAAAGUAAAACUGAUCUCAGAGCUGAUGUUAGUGAACACAACGUUUAUACCGGCUGAUAGGAAUAGAUGAGAGUUCUACAAACGUUCUGGGUAAAAUAACCUGUUUCUGCUAAAACUGACCCAUUCAUACGUCUCAGAACCGUCUGUGGCUGCUGGACUGGGUUUCACCAGGUACCAUCAAAACAUGAGAGCGUUCAGUAUCUGCUACGUUCAAACUGCGCCGACCAAACUGAACUGAGGCCGACGUCAGCUACAGAUCAGAAACGUUCAUCCAUGUUUCGAGUCAACCUUUAAUAAAUUUACAAUAAAACUGUAAAUAUCAGAGGUCAGUGGAAAUCUUUUGUAAAUAAAUUUUAUUUCUAUACAUUCAGAGAGACUGUUUACAUCGUUCUUAGGACGAUUAUUAUUAUUUUAUCCCAGUUUACUAAUGUAACAUCAGGCACUGGGAGACGUUAUGUGACAACAAACCAAACCAUUAACUCACUUAUUAACCCAAUUAAACUCCACCUCUGACCCACCAGCAUCAGGCCUAUGACUACAUGAAUACUGUGAUCUAAGCCCGUAGCCAGCGUCCAUCCGGCCACAGUCGGCCUCAGCCGUGAUGUGUCACAGCUUCGGGAGCAUUUACUGACUUGUCUUCUCUUGUCCUUCCAGUGCUGAGUUUCUAAUCGCGCCCUCACUGCCCCUCAGCCUCACACCCAGCUACAAGAGGGAAGCAAUAACCCCUAAAGCCCCGCUCCUCCAUCCCCCUUAAAGGCAUUCACUCCAGGAAGGAACAUAGGGAGAAAAGAGGACCGCGACCGUCCAAUGCUCUGGGUUCGUCGCUGACGCCUCCCGUCGCUUUACGAAACCGCCGUCACUUCCAGAAGCCGCAUUCGCUGAAUCUGAGAGCAUUUCAUCGUGUGAACUCACUAUGCAAGCUGAGUCUUUGCUACAGACAGGCCGCCCUUCCAGGACCUGCUGAGUCUACUCAUACAUAUCACACAUGGACGGUGGGCCGUCGUUAUUUUAAAGGCCUGUCGAGGUCGAAUGUCACUUUUAAAGUCACCAAGAGAUGGAAUUGAACCCAAAGAUGCAUAUGUGGAUGGAUCAACCAGCUUUGUUGAACAGAGACCCUCAAAGACUCCAAAGUGGCCACAACAUCUGCUUAAAACAGGAAGGAAGGAGGAUCAGUCGACUCCUUUUUUACUCUCUCUUUACGCCUCCUCCUGCAUUUCAGCACCGCUGCUCCUUCUCUUUAGCAAAUCUGCAUGGCAUGAAUGAAAGCAAUUAAAACCUGAAGAAAGGAACUCAGAGAUGCGAUCGGCGGAUUUAACGAGGAUGUAGUCCACGAGAAGCCAGAGAGACCAUAGAUUCCUUUUUCUACCCAGCAAAGUCAAUGCAAAGUCAUUCUUAUCGACACGGUUGGAGCCCCUGUUUCAGCCCCGAAGCGUCUCCUGGUGCAGGAUGACAGGGACGAGGCGGAGACCCGGGUCCCGUCCCACAGCAGGAGAGAGCAGGUGUCAGCAGCAGGAGAGCGUCUUCAGAAGCUAAAGACUACAAAUGCAUUUUCUGACCUUGUUUAUCAGCAUGAAUAUACUGCAUGACGUCUGCGAGCCAUUUCGAACAAUAGCAGGGCUACAAUUUGACGAGAAUAGAAAAUUUACUAAAUUAUAUGAUGUGCAAAAGACGGCAAAGAGCUGGUUAUGUUAAAAGAUCCCGUCUCCUUUGAAUUGUCGUGAAGAAGGGACGGCAGCACACACUUCUUCACUAUGAGCCUGUUUCCUUUUCUUGCUUCAAGUGCAAGUAUUUAUCGCUACUCGGAGGUUGUCUUCUUCUUCUACUACCUGGCUGCUGCUCUUCUCUUUUUCUUCCUCGAAUUACCUUUUACCAAAACUUUCUUUGUAACUCUUUCCAAAGGCAGCUGCGUGCGUCUGUGCCACUAUCUGGAUCCAGGACUUUAACUGAUGUGGAACUAAACUGUGCAUCAGAUCUGAGAUGUCAUUGAUUACAUUGAUUUGAAUCUGCAUUGUCCCUUUCCUUGCUUUUUUCCUCGACCUUGGCAUCCAAAAGUUGAUGGUUUGGCAGGCCAGCAGAUCUGGGGUCAGGAAUUAAAAAGGAAAAGGUAAUGAUUGCAUUUAAUCAACACAUGAUGGACACAGGUGUAUUUCCUUCCUCAGGUGAAAAGACACAAGAUGGCUGCCUUGUGAUUCAGGGUUUCUUCCACUAGCUUAGACGCUGACGAGUGUGUUAAAGUCUCUCAGCAGGAGUUGAACCUGCUGUUUUACCAACAUUCAUAUUGGCUGCGUCCACCGCUUGGUGACAUCUGCAGAGAUUUGCUAGAAUGAAGUGGGCAUGAAGCAUCCGCGUUACCCUGUUUUGGAGGCAGCCAUCUUGGCUCUAUGUGUUCAAAUAUGGUUAGUCCAAUAUUCCUGUCAUCAAGCUGCUGUGGGAAAAUAUAUUUUUGCACUAACUGUGAGAUUUCAAUAAGAUCCUUAAUUCGAGGGACAGCGGCUGUUUGAGGAGGCGGAGGGGGAUGAAUGUCAGCAGGAAACAGAUCUGACUCCUCUUUGAAUGUUGGUCAUUCACAUGGAUUCUCUCUUUGUGUCAUUAAGCCCUGUUUCAGUAUGAAUGUUGACUUUUAGUUUCUUAUUCUCGUCUGGAUCUUCUGGACUAAACAGCGGCCGGUCUGUUUGACGUAGUGAUAUGAAAACAGUACGAAGAGGCGUGACACAUCUAAAAGCUAAAGCUAACUGGCUAAUAAAUAUACUAACAUGCACAAUUUGGCAGAGAAAUGAAUUGUUCACAAGUCGGUGGCCAUGAGACAUUUAUCAGGGGUUUGUGUUGCCUGAUUAUUAAAAGGGCUCUAAACCCAGAAAUCCCCUGUCCACAGGAUCCUACACUCACGCAGGAGGUCACACGUUCUUACAUUUGCUUCGCUCGGCACGUGUCACAUUUCCAUUUCCUGUCACAUUCACCAUACAAGUUUAUUCUUAUAUACGUUUUCUUAGCACGUUCUGGCACAAGAAUAAACUGUAGCAAGUGUGAGGGGAGGAAAGUCCAGAUGUUCUCAGUCUGUGUCUUCUCCUCCAAACGAGCGCCAUCCAUCGACUGUAGCUUCAUCAGAACAUCUAUGCAUGGCUGGUGAUCUGGGGGGGUCAGGCUCCGGAACCAGGAACGGGCCUCCUUCAAAGAACUACAACACGUAGAAAGCCAACCCAGUCCAACAGAACCACAGAACUACAUGAGAAGGUCCAGGAAGCGUGUCUCCGUCAUUGUGCUUCACAACAGUCUCUGCUGCCGCCAUGCUUGUUCACACCGUACGAGGCUAAACCGCCAACAUUCAGGAGCGAAGCCGCCAAGCAGCACGUGAGCUUCUUCACCCGGGACAGAAGCUGCUGUAGCAACACGCUGAGCAGACUGAGGAGCAUUUCAGAGUCCAGCCCGAUCAGAUGGACCCAGCAGCCAUCUUGACAUUAGGCUUUAGCCAGCAGCUAAACCCAGAGCAUCUCUGAACAGCAAUAAGGUGAUAUUUAUCCUAGACGUAUCGUCAUAACCUAGAUGCAUAAAAUGCAUUUUUAGUUAAGACAAGUUAGAACAACAAGAUAAUGUGACGUUGCAGUUAGUCUGCAUCAUAGACGCAGCACUGACACAACCAUGGAACUGUUGCACCUUCCAUCAAAGACAGAAAACCCGACAAGAAGCUGACAAAAGUAAUAAUGAAUACAUAUAUUGUGGAAAAGACGCUUGUUAAUAAGAGUGAGGUCAUGAAGAGGUCAUUGUCCUGUGGAGGAACCAUGAACUUCACUGCAGACGCCCUGAGGUUUUCACUGUUUGUCAACAUGCAUCAUUAUUUUUAUUAUUAUUGGGUCGUCUUCCAUUGGUUCCUCUUUGCGUCACACAGUGGCAAACACUCGUGUCCUGUUGUUGACCUCUGACCUCUUUACAGACUCUUCUGGGGUGUUGGUUAGGCUUCAUUUGGUCAACACAUCUGGGGGGCUUUGACCCUAAACAUCUGAGGUGCUUAUUUAUUCCUUCUGUCAGUUUCUAGUGGGCUGGUUUUCAGUCUUGAUGGAGGGGAACCGAGCAUCCUGUCAGGCUGUAGCCGACCUCUGAGCUACGGAUCCAAACACCUACUCACAUUUCUUAUCCAUCGCUGGCUCCUCUUCCCCCUCCUCCACCUCUUUCUUCAGUUGCUUCUUUUUGCACCUUUGUCCUUGUUUUUUUCUUCUUUUUUUUUUUUUUACUGAUUUCAAAAUGCAUGUGUGGGAAACUUUCAGAUGAUGACUUUAACAUAGACGCGUGAAGAGAAGUCUCACACAAAUGUUCUUGUCUUCUCCUCUGACAGUGGACAAGCAUUAGCUCACGCGUCAUUGAUCCUAAGGGCAUUUUCACCACAGCAGUGUAACAGAACCACUGUCUGGAAUCAAACCAGGCUCAGUUUCAUGAGUCCAAUCAUGGUUUUCCAGAAACCUCCCAGUGCUGGUACUUGCCUUUGGUGUGUGUAUGAAAUCGAGUGCAGCAUUUUGAGUGGUGCCAUUUUUCCUGAACAUGUGUUGAAGCUCUCACUGUAUCACUGAUGCUCACAUCCCAACAGAACCACCUGUCCUGUCUCCUCACUUCAUCCCUCAUGUUGCUGUGCCUUCUCUUGUUCAUUUUCCAAAUGCUGCAGAUUUAUAUCAUCUGAAAAUAUAAAUAGGGAGAAUGAACUUGGAUUAUAAUUAUUAAAGUUAUGUCGCUGACUCUGUUGGUCAGCUGAUAACCAGAUGAUACCACACCGCAUACUAUGUGUGUGUCCACUCGAUGAGACGGAGAAAACAAGAAUACGAGAGGCUUCCCUCCACCGACGACUGGGUCCGUGCUACAAAGACUGAUGCUGGAUAUCAAUUUGUCACUGAAGAGAAAAGAAUUCAAAGAAUCAAGAACUGUAUAAAAUAUAUUUCAAUGGAAUGUUUAUUAUUUACCUUUUCUAUUUUUGAAUCUGAAAAAGAACAAAAAACCUUAAAGUUGUUAUAAUGACAACAGCAUUUAUGAAAAAGAGAUAAAAAACAAAAAAGUUAUGUUGUUAUAAUGUAUGAAGGUUUGACUGUGAAUGCUGAUUUACCUGAGCAACUCUCCUCCUUUACUGAUAGGAUCAAUUACAACCAGACAAAUAAUAAAGAAAUAAAAAGACUACUGUGAAAUUCAGUUUAAAGAGAAAACGUCAAAACUCCAAUAAAAAUAUGUGAAAAAAUA